GUACCUGGGAGGGGACGCGCGCGCUGGGCACUCCCCAGACGGCCUCGAUGGCGCCUGCGGCCGGCGCUCAGCGCUGGAGGCGAGGCUCCGGCCCGGGCACCCCGACUUGGGGCGCGGUCGUCUUCCUGGGGUUCUUUCUCUGCACAGGCCCCGCCAGCGCCAUCCAGGUGACCGUAUCCGACCCCUACCACGUUGUGAUCCUUUUCCAACCCGUGACCCUGCCCUGCACCUACCAAUCGACUACCACUCCGACGGCGCCCAUCGUGAUUUGGAAGUACAAGUCCUUCUGCCGGGAUCGCAUCGCUGAUGCCUUCUCCCCAGCCAGUGUGGACAACCAGCUCAAUGCCCAGCUGUCGGCCAGCAACCCGGGCUAUAACCCCUACGUGGAGUGCCAGGACAGUGUGCGCACCGUCCGCGUGGUGGCCACCAAACAGGGCAAUGCCGUGACCCUGGGCGACUACUAUCAGGGCCGGAGGAUCACCAUCACCGGAAAUGCUGAUCUGACUUUUGACCAGACAGCUUGGGGGGACAGCGGGGUAUACUACUGCUCCGUGGUCUCGGCCCAGGACCUUCAGGGAAAUAAUGAGGCUUAUGCAGAGCUCAUCGUCCUGGACUGGCUCUUCGUGGUUAUGGUCUCCCUGGCUGCCUUCCUCGUCUUCCUCCUCUUCAGCAUCUGCUGGUGUCAGUGCUGUCCUCACACCUGUUGCUGCUAUGUCAGGUGCCCCUGCUGUCCUGAGAAGUGCUGCUGCCCCAAGGCCUUGUAUGAUGCUGCCAAGGAAGCCACCUCGGGCAACGCAAGCAACUAUGCCUCGAGCACCUAUGCCCUCUCCCCUGCCAAGACGCCACCCCCACCAACCAUGAUAACCAUGGAACCAUACAGGUACCCCAGAGACUUCGACCGGAACAGUUCAGUCGGCCACAGUUCCCAGGUGCCCCUGCUUCGUGACACGGACAGCAGCGUGAAUUCUGAAGUCCGUAGUGGCUACAGGAUCCAGGCCAGCCAGCAGGAUGACUCCAUGCGGGUCCUGUACUACAUGGAGAAGGAACUGGCCAACUUUGACCCUUCUCGCCCUGGCCACCCCAAUGGCCGAAUAGAGCGAGCCAUGAGUGAAGUCACCUCCCUCCAUGAGGAUGACUGGAAACCCCGGCCUUCCAGGGCCCCCGUCCUCACCCCAAUCCGGGAUGAGGAAUGGGGCCGCCACUCCCCCAGGCGGAGGGAGCAAGAACCCCUCAUGGAGCCGCCAGGGAGGUUCUGGGAGGGGUCCAGGCGCCCCCGGGCCCACUCUGUGGAUGCUCUGGAUGACUUCGCCAGGCCAGGCUCUACCGAAUCAGGUCGGUCGCCCCCAAGUAGCAAGAGAGGCCGGGCCUAUACACCCCCACGGAGCCGCAGCCGGGAUGACCUGUAUGACCGUGAUGCAAGGGACUUUCCACGCUCUCGGGACCCUCACUACGACGACUUCAGGCCUCGAGACCGUCCUUAUGCCGAUGCUCGGUCCCACUACCACCACCGCUCCCGAGACGAGGGCCCCAAGGCCAGGGACCCUCAGUAUGAUGGGCGCUUUCUGGAAGAGGCCUUGAGGAAAAAGGGGCCUGCGGAGAGGAGGAGGCCUUACAAGGAGGAGCCGGAAGAGGAAGAUGAGGCCUACUAUCCUCCCCCAGCACCUCCCCCGUAUUCUGAGACCGACUCCCAGGCAUCCCGGGAGCGGAGGCUCAAGAAGAAUUUGGCCCUGAGUCGGGAAAGUUUAGUCGUCUGAUACACAUUGUAUACAUUGUAUGUAGCUUUUAUACAUUGUUGUUUUUUUUAAUUUGAGGAAAUGAUGACCACCUUUCUGCGUUCCCUUCUCCCCAGAUCCAAUAAAAUUUGUAACUAUAA